AUGGAGAAAGUAAACACACUAAGACAAAACAGAGACUUAUUGCAAAGAACGUUUGAGGAAACUUAUCAGGAUGCAGAAGAGAUUAUGGAACAGGAGAUGCCAACGAAGUUAGAGCUUUCGAGGCUGGAGGCAUGUUUGAAGAUGAGGACAGAGUCAUGGGACGCUACGCCAGUUUUAAACGAGGAAAUUGACAAAGCAGUAGUUAAGCUCAAAGAUGACGCACUACGUGAAGACGAGGUCAUGACGACCAACAAAAGGAACAUUGACAUCAAAACAAAAUUGAUACAUGUAAAGAACCAUGUGGGCGCUCUGAAAACGCCCAAGACACCAGAUCCCGCGCCCACGGUGGGCACAACAGCAACAAAGAAUAGUCCUUUGAAAUCCGCGCAACUUCCUAAGUUAAAGUUGCCUACGUUUGACGGGACUUACACCAAAUGGAAGGCAUUUUGGGACACUAUCGAGGCAGAUGUUAUAAAGGCGAACUACGCUGAUAUAACCAAAUUCAAUUACAUCUCGGGGCAACUCACAGGAACAGCCAAAGAAAGUGCGGUUGGACUACAUGCUGCAGGGAACAAUUUACAAACGCUGAUAGACCUGUUGACUGAAAGGCUUAAACCACAGAAGCCGCGUACCGUGCUCACGGCCUGUAACACGGAGGACAACGCCAUGGACUGCUUCAGGGAGGACAGUCAAAUCGAUCAAUUGGAGAACUUUUUGCGAGCGAACGUUCUCAGCGACACAGGGAUGACAGAUAUGGACUACGAAGAUAAUAUCAAAGAAAAGUACAUGGAAAGGAUACAAUUUCGGGAUGGACAUUACUACGUGCCACUACCCUGGAGACCAGAUCACCCGGAGUUACAGAACAAUUACAACACCUGCAAGGGAAGGAUAAAUCAAGUAAUGCACAGAUUGCGUAAGUUGAACCUUGUCCAAGCCUAUGUUAAUGUUAUGAAGGAGAACAUCUCCAAGGGUUACGUCUCAGAAGUCACCACGGCGCCCACCUCCCGCCUUGAUGAAGGGUUUUUUCUGCCCCACUUUCCAGUUCUCCGAGAGAGCGAAACCACCCCACUAAGGAUUGUUUUUGAUGCUAGCUGCGGCUCACCUUCCCUCAACUCUUGCCUGUAUGAGGGACCGAACAUGAUUCAAGAUUUGACUGAACUGCUCCACCUCUUCCGCACGAAGAAGAUCGCCAUCUCGGCCGACAUCGCUAGGGCCUUUCUGUCAGUUCGUCUGCUCGAAUCAGAACGUAAAUUUGUCAAGUUUUUAUGGUAUAAGGACAAUGAUGUAACCAAGGGACUCGUACCAUACCACUGCAACACCGUAAUCUUCGGAAACGUGUCAAGUCCAUUCGCGCUAGCUAUUACGCUGUACAAACACCUAUCUGCUUUCGAUGGCAAAGAAGCCGAGGACAUGAAAGAAAAGCUUUACGUAGACAAUCUGCUCACCGGGGUGACUGAUGAAGCUGAAGCAUUGGAAUGUUAUACACAGUCACGAGACAUUAUGAACAAAGGAUCAUUUCUGCUCAGGCAAUGGUCCAGCAACUCGCUAAAGUUAAGCGCAGUAGCGGAAUCGGAUGGACCACUACACGUUCCCGCGAAAUCAUUUGUGAAUCAAUUAUGGCAAGCUGGCAAAGAUUGGGAUGACAAGCUUUCCCUGGCCGAAAAUGAACAAUGGAGUAAAGUACAAGUAUCACUCAGCAGAGCCCACGAGAUAAAGAUUCAAAGAUGGUUAGUCGUCGACACCACCAAACCGCUAGAUACCAUCAUUUUUUGUGACGCCUGUCCGACCACAGCCGUAGGAUGUGUUGCAUACGCGAAGCAAGGCACACGCGUGGGACUAAUUGGUUCAAAGAACAAGAUCGUGUCACAGAAAAAUGCCAAACAAACUGUUCCAAAACUAGAGCUAAUGGCUAUGGUCAUGGGGGCACAAUACGGAGAAAUAUUACGCAAGACAUACGCCAAGGAGUGCUUCACCAUCGACAUCACCUACGCAACAGAUUCAGAGAUCGCUCUGUAUUCGCUGCAAUCGGAGAAAAAGUUAACACCCUUUGUAAUGAACCGUGUCAACGUCAUCAGAGAGAAAUCUGACAGCAACAAAUGGUAUCAUGUAGCGACGAAAGAAAAUUCGGCGGAUAUCUUAUCACGUGGCGCCACCUACGAGGAACUGCAAUCCUCCACAUGGGAAACUGGUCCAGUUUGGCUCAAGCAAGACAAAUGCGAAUGGCCGUGUGUUGAUGUACGCGACAAACCCACGAACAUUAGAAUAUCGUUAGCCGCAAGUCUAGAAAUAGACAAUAUAUUCCAGACACGCGAUGCUGGUAACACAAGUACCCGCCCCGAUCUCCAAGCGGUGAUUGACAUUUCCAAAUUCAGUUCUUACCAAAAGCUGCUUAGAGUCACAGCCCUCGUAACGCGAGCUUUCAAGCCAGGUAUCAGAGAAAGGAAUAAACUGUCUGCUGUGGAUAUCGCUAAGGUGGAACGCACGUGGAUAACACACACCCAACGAGCCCACUACAGCCCGGUGUUGGAUUAUCUUAAUAAGGAGAAACAAAAACUUCCGUUACCAAAACGCCCGUCAAUCAUCAAUCAACUCGGCCUACUGAUAGAUGAGGAUAACAUCAUUCGCUGCGGCGGGAGGAUCAGGAAUGCGGAUGUCAACACUGCGAGGAAAUAUCCCAUGCUGCUUCCAGGAACGCCGGUGACUUCACACCUGACAUCUCUAAUCAUCACACACGCGCACCAUACGGCGACACACUAUGGGGUAGGAAUUACCAUGGCAGGACUGCGAGAGAGAUUUUGGAUUACAUCAAUGCGCUCAGUCGUCAAGAAAGUAAUCAACCGAUGCGUCGUCUGCAAAUUGGUUGCAGGGCGGCCAUAUUUACAACCUAAGGCACCUCAACUGCCAGAAUUUAGGCUGAAUGACAUUGUUCCGUACCUAUCCACCGCCAUAGAUUUCACCGCGCACCUGUAUGUUAAAGUUAGGAACCAGGACCAUGUUAAAAUCAAGGAUGCGCAUAGAAAGACGUACACCGUUCAGAAAGCUUACGUUUGUUUGUUUACGUGCUGCACUACCCGAGCAGUACAUCUCGAGAUAACACCAGACCUAACAGUUGGGUCAUUUCUCAGGGUUUUCAGACGCUUUACAUCGACACACUCGGUGCCCAAAUUGGUUUACUGCGAUAACGCCAAAACCUUUACUUGUGCGGACAAAGAAUUAAAACGCCUAUACCAGAACGUGGCAGGAGAAGAAUGUCAAAGACAAUUUGCGAACAAAAGGAUAUCAUUUAAAUAUGCCCCCGUUCAAGCUAGUUGGUUUGCUGGGGUCCACGAAAGACUCAUUGGAGUUAGUAAAUUAGCAACCAAGAAGGUUCUUGGAAAAGCGCUAGUUCCAAUGGAUGAACUUCAAACCGUCGUCAAGGAAAUACAAUCCGUCAUAAACAAUCGCCCGCUGACUUAUUUGUCAUCGGAUUCACAUGAACUGAAAGCAAUCACACCGAACUGUUUGAUAUAUGGACACGAACGCUAUAUCCUACCACAGGAGGAAGUUGAAAUCGGCGAUGAUUUUGACACUACAUACGGUGGACGUGAUGCGAUCGAAAAAUGGGCACAUAAGCGCGCGCUUCUACUGAAAGCAUUUCGUACCAGGUUCUAUGAUGAAUAUCUUGCGGCACUUCGGCAACAGCAUACUUACGAAACUAGGAAGCAAUACGCGACGGGUGACGUCAUACGCGAAGGGGACGUCAUACUGGUACAUGAGAAGGAUCAACCAAGGAUCAAAUGGAAACUAGGCGUGGUCGAGGAACGUCACUGUGGACCGGAUGGACUAACCAGAUCAGCCACUGUGACGUUGCCAACCCAUAAGCAUGGGCACACCCUAGACCUGGUGAUAGUCAGGGAUGAGGACAGAAUUGUGAAUGAUGUCACGGUUUGCAGUCACGAGUUGUCAGACCACUUCACCAUUGGAAUGGUGCUUAGUCUCUCCAAGGUCAAUGUCGAACUUGUGAAGUCUUAUCGCAAAUACCGAUCCGUCAGUCCAAAAGAAUUGGGAAGUGAGAUCUGUGCAGAAUUUGCCAAGUGUAAACCAAGGAAAUCAGUGAAUGAAACGGCAGAAACGUUAAACAACGCAAUUGUGUCAACUCUUGAUCGAAAGGCACCCCUUAAACACAACGUAUAA